AUGUCUCAACCAUACGGCGCAAUCACCAACGGUGAGAGCAGAGCUGAAAACGGCAUCUCCGCACAGAGCGAUGAGACGCAGGCUCUGCUCACUCCGAAGCCAGGAUCUAGAUCUUGGUUGCGCGAGAGAUUAGGUUCUGAUGUCCGCCGAGAUUGGGCUGAUGUUAUGCUUCUGGCGUGCUAUAUCAUAACAGGCAUUCUCGACAGUGCUUCCAUAUCAACAUGGGGUGCCUUUGUAUCUAUGCAGACCGUCUUCAUCGUUGCAGCUGCUUGUAUCGUUACCUGGGGCCCUAAAGGCGCAGGCCCAGAUGAUACACCCUGGUACGUCAUCGUACCAAUAGCUCUCGUGGCGUUCCAAAGCUGCGGACAAGCAGUCGCGAGCCGUGCGCUCAAGUUCAACGCUUUGACUAGUGUUGUUCUCACAAGCAUCUACUGCGACUUGUUCUCCGACGCGGAACUGUUUGAGAGCAUUUUCGUCAAUGCGGAGAGAAACAGGCGUGUCGCAGCACCGGUGCUCCUCCUCAUCGGCGCUAUAAUUGGAGGACUCAUUGCGAAGAGCGAGCUGGGGACUUCUGGUGCGCUGUGGGUAGCCGCUGUACUCAAGAUUACUGUCAUGUUUGGUUGGGCGGCGUGGCCUGCAGAAGAGGGGUCUUGA